AUGCCUUUCGGAGACAUCCCCCAGGACAUGUUCGACCGCUUCAAAGCCGUUCCAGUACUGGAUUCCCUUCAUGUGGAGGAGGCUUUGACCCUUGUGCUGGGCAAGAAAAGUGUGACGAAGAAGAACGCAGGCUGCAAGGUCAUUGUUUUGGGCCUUGACAAGGAUUCGAAGAAGGCUGCCUCCGCCAACGCUGCCGCGACAAGCGAAUGUGCAGAAUGCCACAAGUCGUCGCCUGCAAAGGGGAGUGGCCAGGGUGGCGCUGACGUGAAGACUGAAAAGUCGGCGCCUGGCAAGGAGAAAAGCAAGGGAAAUGGCAAGGGUGGAAAAGGCAAAUCGGAGCCGAAGCUUGAGUUGAAGAUCGCCCCCGACACGAAAGCCCUUCCGCUACUCACGCAGAUCCUUGCGCGAUUCCUGAAAGAGAAGUCCGGUGGAUCCAAGCCUCACUACUUCAACCGCGUGGUGAUCCGUGCUGGGGCAAAGCAUGGCCCCAGCAACAUGGACAUCGGCAACCUUUCUGGUCUCCUGCCGGAGCUGUGGUGGGCCGGAGGCCAGGAAACGGUUCCUCCAGGUGCACCCUGGUGGAGUGACGGAGAGAGUGUGGGCCUCGCGAUCUCAGAGGUCAAGCUUCGCCACGAGGUCCGCAGCAUGGAUCCCCGCAUUGCCGGCUGUUUUGCUUUUACCAAGUCGGACACAGCGGUGGCCUGCGACGUGAACUUCCCCUUCUACAUUCAGGCCAGUGCCUUCGGUGCGGAGGACCUCCGCAGGAUGGGAACUGCG